UGAUAUAGUGAUGGAGAAACUACUUGACACCUGCAUGGAAAAACUUAAGACGAAACCUGUGAUAUUAACAAAGUAUGUAGACGAUUUAUUUAUGAUUGUUGGGGAAAAUGCAAUACAAGAAACAUUGACGACUUUCAAUAAUUUCAACAAAAAUAUUAAAUUUACCAUUGAAAAGGAGCAUAAUGGUUCCAUCCCAUAUCUGGACACACUUGUAAUGAGAAAGGACAAUAAAAUAGAAAUGAACUGGUAUCAAAAACCGACGGCAUCGAGUCGCAUAUUAAAUUUCCACUCGAAACAUCCAAAACAAAUGAUUAUUAACACAGGUAGGAAUCUUAUAAACAGAAUAUUGAAUAUUAGCGACCAUAAAUUCCACGAAACUAAUAAAAACAAAAUACGAAAAAUACUGUCCAAAAACUGUUUUCCAAAAUUAUUAAUUGAAAAAUUAAUAAAUGAAUAUAAUAUACCGAAAUCUAAGGACAAAUCUCAAGAAAAAUAUUACAAAUCAAUGAUUUAUAUUCCUGGAUUAUCUGAGAGAUUCCAAAAUUCCGAUUUAUAUGACAAGGAUAAACUGCAAAUAGCAACACGGACAAACAAUACACUAAAAAGUUUAUUUACUAAUACCAAAAGUAGAAUUCCGUUAAGUGAGAGACACAAUGUAAUAUAUAGCAUUGAAUGUGAUGGAACAAAAGACGAAAAAUGUGGAAAAAUAUAUGUUGGUACCACAAAAAACAAAUUAAAAACUAGAAUAUCGGGACAUAAAUCAGACAUUAAAUUAAGGAGCCAAAACAAUAUUCAAAAAACAGCACUUGCGGAACACUGUAAACUUAACAACCACAUACCAAACUUUGACAAAAUACGAGUAUUACAGGCGGAGAACAACUACAACAGAAGGUUAACAUUGGAGAUGCUGCAUAUAAAUAACAUACCAACAAACAAAAAGAUCAAUUACAAAAGCGACACCGAUAAUGCAGCUUAUUGUUAUCGACACUUGACAAAGAAGAGAUCGUGCAAUACGUAGAAAUAAUCAGUGCAAUAAUAACACCAGACAAUGGUAGUAAAAACUACAUUAGCUGUUAAGUAAAUCUGACAAUUUUAUGUAAAUAUUGCCCCUGAAGAUGCAAUUUGAUAAUUGCGAAAUAUUGGGAACAUAUUAUUGUAAUCAAUAAAAUAA